AUGACGUCGGUCGUUACACUGGGUUCACUGUUAUCGCCCGGGUGGACAGUAGAGUUACUUCCACGUUAAAAAAUUGGAAUAAAAUGCGGGAGGAGGAUUCACGCAAACACAGACGCCGCCUCAGCGCAGUGGGUUUUUAAGCAUAUCUUCGUGAACACGCGUCGGCUCCGCAGCGGAAGGUUUCCACGCGUGUUUGUGGGGGUUUUCCUUUUCUUUUUUUUUAUCAGCAAUAUUUCAGGGAGAGCAGUGUCGUGAUUCUUGCCACAGGGGCUGCGAACAAACGAUGAACUGAGGACCUCCUCGACCCUCACACAUUUCUGCAGUCUGCACUCCUCACUUGCUGCUGUCGACCACGUUGCCUCACCACACCUGGGCAGAGAAAUGCGUGUGUGUGCUGUCCCUCUGCUGAAUGACAGUGCAAGUGUUUUGGGGCUGGAGUAAGAGUAGUGGUCUGCACCUCGUCCCUCAGCCUCAGAGAGGCACUUCUCUACUUGACUGACUGCGACAUUUGUCUCCACAACUGCAAAGCAUCAUGGGCAGGAAAAAGAUUCAGAUCCAACGGAUCACAGAUGAAAGGAACAAGCAGGUGACAUUUACGAAGCGAAAGUUUGGCUUAAUGAAGAAAGCCUACGAGCUGAGUGUGUUGUGCGACUGCGAGAUCGCCCUCAUCAUCUUCAACCACGCUAACAAGCUGUUCCAGUACGCCAGCACCGACAUGGACAAGGUCUUACUCAAAUACACAGAGUACAAUGAGCCUCACGAGAGCCGGACCAAUGCAGAUAUCAUUGAGACUUUGAGAAAGAAAGGCUUCAAUGGUUGUGAAAGUCCAGAGCCGGACGGUGAAGACUCCAUCGACCAAAGUCCCUUAAAUGAUGACAAGUACCGUAAAACCACAGAGGACCUGGAUGUUCUCUUCAAACGCUACGGACAGUCGACGGCUCCUCAGACCUUCUCCAUGCCAGUCACAGUCCAGGCGUCCAGUCAAGGCACACUGCAAUUCAGUAACCCUGGCAACGCACUGGUAACUACCUCCUAUGUAACAUCAUCGUCUCUCACGGAUACCCACCUCCUGUCACCACAGCAACCAGCUCUUCAGAGAAACACGGUGUCUCCGGGGUUGCCACAGCGACCAGCGAGUGCGGGUGCUCUUCUGGGAGGUGACCUGAACAAUUCAAAUGGAGGAUGCCCAAGUCCAGUCCCUAAUGGAUACAACAGUGCCAGGGCCUCCCCAGGCCUCCUCACCGUUUCCAACGGCAACAGUCUGGGGAAAGUAGCUCCAGCCAAGUCUCCACCCCCCCCUCCCAGCCCCCAGAUGGUCAACAGCCGCAAGCCAGACCUCCGAGUCAUCACCUCACAGGGCGGAAAGAGCCUCAUGCAGAUGACAGAUGAUGAGCUGGAAUUGGUAAACGAGAACGCCCAGCGGCUGGCAGCCGGAGCCCAGGGGGCACAAACCCUCACCACGCCGGUGGUCUCCAUAGCCACACCGAGCCUCCUGGCACAGGGGCUGCCCUUCUCCGCCAUGCCCACGGCGUACAACACAGAGUACCAGCUGACCAGCGCGGACAUCACCGCUUUACAUGCUCUGGCGUCUCCUGGUGGCUUGUUGCCGACUUCAUGGCAGCAGCAGGCUAUUUCCCAGCAACCACAGCAACAGCAGCAACAACAGCAAACACAGCAACAGCAGCAGCAGCAGCAACUUAAUCUUGCAUCACUCAGCAACUUGGUCAUGUGGGGCGUGGACAAACAGAGCAGCGAGCUGUGUAGCCAGGUGUCCAGUCUGGCUGCCAAUCUGAGUGUUGGCUCUCCGUCCAACCUGCUCUUGGGUAGAGAUGAGUGGUUGGGCCGGCCGGUGACCCAUAUACCUCAAGGCGCCAUGCUGACAGUCAACACCAACUCCAGCGUGAGCAUCAAGUCUGAGCCCGUCUCGCCUGGCCGGGAUCACGGCAGCGCCUGCUCUCUUCCCUCCUCCAACACACCGUCCUCGACUUCAGGGGGAGCCAUCCUGACUGCACCGCCGCAGUACCCCGGCUCCCUGCUGUGCCUGGAGCCCCCGACAGGCCGCUCGCCUGCCAACAGCGUAAGCAGCAACGCCAGCUCCUUUGAAGGCAGCGAUCGCGACGACACCGGUACAGGCGGCGGCGGGGGCGGCCCUGGAGGUGCAGGCGGAGGCGGUGGCUCUACGGGUUCAGCAAACCGCUCCUUGCCGCCUGACUUCAGCUCCUCGUCUGAUCUCCUCAGGGUGUCGAACGAUCCGGAGCAGGAGGGCGGAAACGUGAAGCGCAUGAGAUUGGACACCUGGGUCACAUAGAUGCACCUGCACCAUUUCCCUGCACACCCCCCUCCCCCCCUGUGAAGUUAUGGUGACACUUAAACACCCACAGCACACACACCCACUCAUCCUUACACCCCCACUGCCCCGACCCACACUGCCAUGUGGCACUAUCCUCCUGCAUCUGCCUCUUUCCAGAAUUACACCACUCACCUGCGUCACCCAGACUUAUGAGGCUUUGCCAAAAUAAGAAAAAAACAUUUAAAAAAUAAAAUAGAAAUCUCGCUCUGAGUGAAGGAAGGACUGUUUAGUGCUCUGCUGGAUAUUUAGAGCCCUUGAAUUGAGGCACAGUAGAUUUUAAUACCUUCUUGCUCUAAUGGACUCCCGUAUAGUAACUACUUUUUGUUAGAAACAAGGCACUAAGCCUUUCAAUCUGACUCGACCGUAAAAAUAUUCCUCUUUCACUCGCUUUCUGCAUCACCUUCAUGUAUUUACAUUGAGAUCUGCUGCAUUGUUCUCAAUAUGAUCCCGUGGCUUGUCAACGCGAUAGGACUUCUGCUGUACGACUCGCCACUUCCUGCUUCUUUGAAAUCCGCUGGGAUUGUGUGCUGUCCAUUCUUCAGUAAGGCACUUGUAAACUGCACUAUUGGAAAUAACUUAAUCCGGACACCUUGAGGACUGAGCAUCUGUGUGACACUAAACAGACUCAAACAGGGACCCUAGGUGAGAGUUUUACCGAGGCAGGCCCGAGCACUCGAGUGGCACUUUGCUGCAGUGGAGUCCAGCACUUUGCCCGAGUGCCAAUAUCAACCUCUCUGUAGGAAUAAGACAAAAAUGCCAAAAGCCUCAUGCACGCAACGCGGGGACACUGACGAGUGAUCACUCACAAAAACCGGCGAGAAAUGGAAACUGUUGAUGCUUUUCAAGCGUUGAAUUUGUCGUCACUCUCUCCUCGGACUGAGCGCUCCACCCGUCCUCUCACUCAUCGCCUCUGGAGCUCAGAUGGAAAUCGUUGCACCAAAUCUCCAGCCGCAGUCCCUCAGCUUAUUGCCGGGAGUAGACGCCAUCCAGUUAAAAGCAUAUACAAGUUUUCUGAGCCUCUGGUGGCUUUUUUUCGAGGUAGGGAAGUAUUUGGUUCCUUCAGUCCAAGUGUUCUUUAUCUGUUGGUAUUUAAAAAGAAAAAUCUGUUUUGAAGGUCUGUUGGUCGUCCUGAAGUAGGAAUUCUGACUUUGUAUAAAAAUCACUCCUUAUACAAAAAGCUUUGAUGUCCUCUCUAGCUCUCUAUAGCUCUCCUUAGCUCUUUGCUGUGUUUCGAAAAAGUGAAAGGAAAAAUACAUUUUCUAUAUUUCUACCGCUUCAGUUGGCGACAAAGUACUAUAGCUUUUCGGCUUCAACGACGUGUAUGUACAUAUGAAUAUAUUUGCAUAGACUUUGCUAGGUAUCCCUAAAAACAAGCAAUGUGUUGAUUCUCAGUGGAACUGUUUGCAUAUACGAGUGUGACUUUGAUCUGUUUUGAGCUAUGGUGCAGGGGCUACGCCACGCCAGGUAGUGCUGGUGGAUCAGACGUGUUUCAGUAAACCUAUUUUAUGCUAGUGUUGGUGGUGUGUGCACUUUGUGUCUCUCACUCACAGAGGCCUGCUUGGUUGUGGUGUCAUCAUAUUCUCCCGCCACCCCCCCUGCCCUUUUUUUAAAAACCCACCAAAAGUAAAAGUAUCCACCUUAACAUGAAGUCAUCAUUACGACACUGCCAUUAACGUAUCGUGUACUUAAAGAGGUAAUACACACAAACACUUUGCUCGACGGAAUCACGUUUAAUCUUUUCCACAUUAACCAGACACAGAUUUUUUGCCUUUUUUCACUUUGAAGUUAAGUCAUGAAGUUGGCUAAUAAGUGCUGUGUUUGUUGUUCAAUUGUAUAUUUUAUAGUACAAAUUAGUUUUGUCUGAACCAUUUCAAGUUCAUGUACGAGUGUGUGAGUGUGUGUGUGUGUUCACAGGAUGUUUAUACGUAGAAACAGGAAGUCUCUCUCCCCCCUCGAGUUGACGCUCUCGGUGCAGACUGCUUGCGUCGGCUGGUGUUUGUUGACUGUUGAUUAUCUACUUAGGCAAUGCUACACUUUUAAAUGUGUGUGGGUUAAAUGAUGCCCCGCGGUGCAGAGAGUGGAACCACAGACGCUGGGGGUCAGUGGAGGAUAUCACCUCGACCUGUGACCUUUUCACGCCAGUCGAUGUAUUCCAUGAUCAGCUUAUUUCUCCGUCCUUCACGCGACAGCUCAUUUCAGGUCAUUAGUGUUUUUCUUCUGUCAAUCAGCACUGGAAAACAAUUCAACCCACUCUUUCUAAAAACCCAAACCUCAUGUUGGAGAGUAUUUAACGUUUGAAAUGUUAAAGGAACUUUAGGGAAACUCACUUUCUUAACUAGAGUUUGACGAGAAGCUGAAUCUACAGCAGACUGUUAAAUCAGCAGGAAACUGUCAACAAACCCACCUAUCAAGUCAAGGCCGAGGUCUAAUGCUGCAUUCAUGUUCUAUCACUGAGACCAUAAUCACCAGCAAUCGGGUUGGAACCUAUAGAACAAAUUUGAAGGGCAUUGAGAUUAUAUUAAUAGUUAAAGAAAAUGUGAGUUAAAGGGCGUUUUCCAUCCACUAAUCCAUCCUAAUGCAAAUAUUAGGAUUUGGGUGCAUUCAAAUACAGAAACAGUUUUGUUUGCCCCUAGUGGUGACAUUUUUAACAAACGUCUUAUAAUUAUGAUGUUUUCUAUAAAUGUCCCCUCUCAGUUUAAACUAGAUUCUGGUAAAACUAUAAAAAUCGUAUCUUUACUCUUCAAAUAGCCUCUAAGAUAACUUUUGAGAGGGUUAAGAGUUUCUUAAUCAGAAAAAGAAAAGAAGAAUUGAGAAUGUGUAUUUUAACGUGGAUGGAAACGCACCAUGAGAUAUCAGACAUUUUGAAUUGAGACGAUAUUUUCCUCUUGGUGAACUCUUCAAAGCUAAUGUUGCUCAAACGUUACAUUGAAAUUAAAUCCAACAUGAACUCUCAUUCAAUCGAUUCAGUUCAUUUUAAAAGGUGCUAAACAUAAAGUUGUUUUAAAUACAUGAACUCACAACAGUAGCUAAUUUAAGCUAUUUAAAAGAAACCUCUCGUCUAACUUCUCGGCAUUAAAGUGAAUUCUGUUUCCCCAAAGUGUCAAACUAUUCCUAAACUUGAAAGAUUCGCCUGCUGAGCGGCUCCAGCCCUCACGCAGCCGACGACCUCCUCUGCUACUACGCCGCUCAUUUGCAUUUUAAACCAGUAAAUUUCCAUGGAAACUCCAAGUGGGUGCUGUUGGUUGACUGAAAUGUGACACCAGUCUGAUUGGCUCGAUCCUCCUGCCGCUCGCAGGUUCGCUCAUGUACAAUAAGGUUCUGUCAGAUCUAGCAGCGUAGUCACGAGACAAUCUAUAUGAGAAAUGAAAAACCUGCACCCUGUUACUUGUCGUGUACAAUGUUUUUUAGAAUCUCACUAUUUUUGGAUUUAAUUUGUGCUGGUGACAGUUCCAUUGUCUAUUAUUAUUAUAAUGAUAUUAUUAUGGAGCUUUUAUUUUAUUGCUAUUUUGUGUAGGAUAGCCAAACUGUUUUUAUUUUUCUCUCUAUUGCGUUUACUUUUCUUAUCAUAAACAUAUAGUACUGGUUUCCUUUUUUGAAACAACUUGCUGAAAAUUGCACGAUCAGUUAUUGUGGUAUUAGCAAAUGCAAUGAAGGAAGGAAAUACCAGUUAAAUGCUGCAGUUUUAAUUAAGAUAUAGAAUAUAUUUAUAAAGAAGAAGAAAAAAAACGAGAGAAAACAACUGAAAUUGGUAAAUCAUGAAAUUGGAAACAUGUAAAUGCAUGGGACACAGGUAACAAGUAAAGUCAUGUUACGUACAGUAAAGAUAAAGGACAUGCAUCACAAAUGAGUUUUCAAAGGACUCAGAAUAAUGUAGCAUAUGAAAUACUAAAGAUGAAAUUUAUAGCUAAUAUAUUGUGUUGAGCUAGUCCGCUUUGGGUUUUUGUUGUAAAGAAGAUAUUUCUUUUUGUUGUUUUUUGAGAAUGAUAAACAGUUUGUGUAUAUUUUCAUAUACAAAGUAUGCACUGAUAUGUAAUUGAAAUUCUAUACCGCUUUUACAAAAAGUGUUUGUUGUACCAAAGUAUCCAAGUCCCUUGAAACCUUAUCCUUUUUGCGUAUGUUUUACCGUAUUUUAUAUAUUAAAUAGACAAAUUGAGUGAAAUGAACUUGAAUCUGUGGUUUGUUUUCUUCUCCCACAUGAAAGAGGCUGUUUAUUGUGUAACCUCCUUUUUCAAGGUAAUAAAAAGUCCCCAACGAGGAACGACUGGUGAAUACAA